UAACUGCGCAUGAAAAUUCUGCAGGAUGCAAAACACCAUAUUCCGUGUUUACAUACACAUCGCUGCCAACAAAGAUUCCACAUCUUAUGUAUGUGCUAUCAAUGUACCGCUUCGAUGAUGACAGGGGAAAAAAAGCAGGAGCAGGAGUCGGCCGGUGAUCCCGAGCGGCUGGCCCUCCUCUCGCCGGAAUGAGGAGUUACAGUGCCUCCGAGUUCGCGCAGCAGCAGCGACUCUAAUGGUGCCUUUCACCUCCCUGGCAGGUAUCUGCUGUUAACUCUCUGAAGAGGAGCGCGUUUUCGCCGGCGAGUCCUCACUUCCCUGCUGGAAAAAAAGAAUCAGCGCUAACUUGAUUACGAAAAAUAUAUAUUAGUAAGAAUUCAAUUUUAAAACAUACAAAUGGCGUCAAUUGGGGACUUCGAUCCGCUAAACUCAAGCGUGCCUGCAACUAAGAUUGAAGUUACCGUGUCAUGCCGGAGCCUACUGGAUAUGGACACCUUCUCCAAGUCGGAUCCAGUGGUGGUCCUGUACGUGCAAGGUAUCGGCACUAAAGAAUGGAGGGAGUUUGGCAGAACAGAAGUAAUCGACAACACCCUAAACCCGGACUUUGUGAGAAAGUUUGUCUUGGACUACUUCUUCGAAGAGAAACAGAAUCUGCGCUUUGAUGUAUACAAUGUGGACUCAAGAAGUUCAAACAUUUCUAAACAUAAGGACUUUCUCGGACAGACAUUCUGCACCCUGGGGGAGAUCAUCGGUUCCAAAGGCAGCCGGCUGGAGAAGACGCUCUCAGGGAUUCCUGGGAAGAAGUGUGGCACCAUUAUUUUCACGGCGGAGGAGCUGAGUAACUGCCGGGACAUAGCCACCAUGCAGCUGUGUGCCAACAAGCUGGAUAAGAAGGACUUCUUCGGAAAGUCAGACCCGUUCCUGGUGUUCUACCGUAGCAACGAGGAUGGAACGUUCACCAUUUGCCACAAGACAGAGGUGAUAAAGAACACACUGAACCCAGUAUGGCAGUCCUUCACCAUCCCUGUCCGGGCGCUCUGCAAUGGUGACUAUGACAGAACUGUCAAGGUGGACGUGUACGACUGGGACAGAGAUGGAAGCCAUGACUUCAUUGGCGAGUUUACCACCAGCUACAGGGAGCUGUCUCGCGGACAGAGCCAGUUCAACGUCUAUGAGGUUCUAAAUCCAAAAAAGAAAGGAAAAAAGAAAAAAUACAUAAAUUCUGGAACUGUUACUCUGCUGUCCUUCAAAGUGGAGUCAGAGUACACGUUUGUGGAUUUCAUCCGUGGCGGCACUCAGCUCAACUUUACAGUGGCCAUUGACUUCACCGCAUCCAAUGGGAACCCCUCCCAGCCGACGUCCCUGCACUACAUGAACCCAUACCAGAUGAACGCCUACGCCAUGGCGCUCAAGGCUGUGGGGGAGAUCAUCCAGGACUAUGACAGCGACAAGCUCUUCCCAGCUUAUGGCUUUGGGGCCAAGUUGCCACCAGAUGGAAAGAUUUCCCACGCCUUUCCUCUGAACUCAGACCCGGAAAAUCCGAACUGUGUGGGAAUCGAGGGGGUGCUGGAGGCUUAUUUCCAGAGCCUGCGGUCCGUGCAGCUUUAUGGUCCAACCAACUUUGCUCCUGUCAUCAACCAAGUGGCACGGUCGGCAGCUGAAGUUACGGACGGCUCUCAGUAUUUUGUCUUGCUCAUGAUCACAGACGGGGUGAUCUCCGACAUGGUGCAGACCAAGGAAGCCGUGGUCAAUGCUGCCAGCCUACCUAUGUCUAUCAUCAUUGUGGGGGUGGGACCAGCUGAAUUUGAUGGUGAGUAA